AUGAUGACCGCGCAGAUGCUAAACAGUACCACUCCUACGGAAAAUACUGUUGACGCAAUGAGACUGCUGGACAUGAAGGCUGCUGAUUCUGGGGAAGCUCCGCAAGGAAAUGCCCCAGCUCCUUUAAGAGGCACUAUAAACUUCGUCAAAAGUGUCACAGAGGGAGGAAAGAAUGAUGGAAAGGUGAAAAAUCCGGAUGAAAUUGAAUUGGAUCUUGACAGUGAAGAGGAGACAGAGGAGAUUGAAGAGGAAGAAGUUCCCGUGGAAUAA